AUGCCGGAUAUACCGAAAUACAAUGGGACCACCGAUCCUAAUGAACAUAUCACUACAUACACAUGCGGUAUAAAGGGAAAUGACUUAGAAGACGAUGAGAUCGAGUCCGUUUUGUCGAAAAAAAUUGAGGAAACUCUAUCAAAUGAAGCAAUGGUUUGGUAUCACAACUUGCCACCGAACUCCAUCGAUUCAUUUACCAUGUUAGCUGAUUAUUCUGUGAAGGCUCACGCUAGGGUCAUAAAAGUUGCAACGAGAAAAUCCAACAUUUUCAAGAUAAGACAAACGGAUAACAAAAUGCUGAGGGAGUUCAUGUCCCGAUUUCAAAUGGUGCGAAUGAAGUUGCCACCAGUUACGGAUGAUUGGGUCAUUCAAGCUUUCACACAAGGGUUGAAUGAGUGGAGGUUGAGGAUGACCAGCUGGAGCCCCUCGGAUUCAAUUCAUCCAAACGGAUUGGCAGUUAAAGCCCUGAGGUAUACCGACAAGGAACCGAGGUCGAACAGAGAACUAUAUCAGCCAUAUGGCGCAGAUCAAAGAAAUAGUGGUUUGGGGCUCAAUCCUCCUCGGAAUUAUCGAAGAAAUGAUCGAGGGAAAAAUUCUCGGGGACUUAUAAGUAAGAAUGGUUUUGAUUAA